AUGAUGCAUUAUUUUCGGGAAGAAUCGGUGAGGUUUGACUUCUCCAGCGGGAAAAAGUGGCACAUGGCGCAGCGUAAGUCGCAUACUACGGAGCGAUUUAAGCAUUUUCUUUCGGGGAAAAAGUGGGAGAGUUGGAUACACCAUCAUCACAUUGCACAGAGUUUCAGUUUCCUACUCACAGCAAACACAUCUUCAUUCUCAAUACUUCGCGAAAUGGCAGAACGACUUCUCUUCGUUGUUGUCGAGGGAAUCAUCAAGAGUUUGGGCUCACCGGCUUCCAAAGAGAUCGGUCUGCUCUGGGGUGUCGAAGAUGAGGUUGAAAGACUGGCCAACACCGUUUCUACAAUCAAAGAUUUGCUUCUGGAUGCGGAGGAGAAGCAUGCUGCAGGUGAUCAUGCAGUUGCACGUUGGCUCGGAAGGCUAGAAGAUGCCAUGUAUAAUGCUGAUGACUUGCUGGAUGCUGUUUCUACUGAAGCUCUGCGCAGGGAAAUAAUGACCCAUGAUAAGAAUGUCAAACAGGUACGCAUUUUCUUUUCCAAAUCAAACCAGCUUGCCUAUGGUCUUAAAAAGGCCCAUAAGAUUAAGGCCAUGAGAGAGAGGUUAGAUGCCAUUAACGCAGCUGCUAGGGAUUUCCACUUAAAGGUGCGCCAAGUAGAGACACGAGUCAGGAAUAGGGAGAGGGAUAACACUCAUUCUUUUGUAUCUGUGGAUAAAGUUAUUGGUCGAAAAAAUGAUAAGAAGGCAAUUAUAGACCGUCUGGUGAACUCCAAUGUUGAAGAGAAUGUUUCAAUCCUUCCAAUUGUUGGCAUCGGUGGAUUAGGAAAGACUACACUUGCUCAACUCAUUUUCAAUGAUGAGCAAAUCGAAAAGCAUUUUGAGCUAAAACUGUGGGUUUGUGUCUCUGAUAACUUUGAUGUUAAAAAUAUUGCUGAAAAAAUCUUAGAAUCUGCAAUAAAGAGGAAGACAGAAACUAUUGAGAUGGAUACAUUGAUAGGUUAUCUCAAAGGAAAAAUCGAUGGAAAGAAAUACUUACUUGUGUUGGAUGAUGUGUGGAAUGAGGAUCAAGAAAAAUGGUCUCGCUUGAAAGAAUUGUUGGUGGGUGGUGCAAGAGGCAGUAGAAUAUUAGUGACUACCCGCAACGAAAGUGUUGCAAGGAUUACUGGGACAGUUCAAUCAUAUUCCUUGAGGGGUUUGGAUGAAGAUGCGUCAUGGUCUUUAUUUAAGCAAGUGGCAUUUGGGAAAGGACAAGAGCCAGAGAAUUCAAGCAUCAUAGUACUUGGGAGGGAGAUCUUAGAGAAGUGUUUAGGUGUUCCACUGGCCAUAAGGACAAUUGGAGGUUUACUAGGUUCCAAAAAUCCUGAAACAGAGUGGUUGUCUUUUAAAAAACAAGAACUCUCAAAAAUAUCUCAGAAAGAAAAUGACAUCUUACCAACUCUGAAGCUGAGUUAUGAUCAUCUUCCUUCAGAGUUGAAGCAUUGCUUUGUUUAUUGUAGUUUAUUUCCAAAGGAUUACUGGAUUCGUAAAUCAUUGCUAAUUAAUCUUUGGAUAGCACAAGGGUGCAUCAAGUUAACGGAUCAAAGCCAAUGCUUGGAAGAUGUGGGCCAUGAGUAUUUUAUGGAUUUACUUUGGAGAUCAUUCUUUCAAGAAGCUGAAAUGGAUACAUUUGGUAACAUAAUUGGAUUCAAAAUACAUGACCUCAUACAUGAUCUUGCUCUAUCAGUAGCAGGAUCAUUGAUCACCACAUUUGAUGAUAAGGAGAGAAACAUUGAUGAGAAAACUCGCCACGUAUCAUUUGGUGGUUACGAUAUAGAUAUUUCUUCAUUGUGUAAUGCAAGUAGGAUACGGACAUUUCUUUGCCUCGAUGAUGGUUACGUUGACCCAUCGAGGCGAAGGAAUAUUGAUUGUAAUGCAAUUUUUUCAAGUUUCAAGUUCUUGCGCUUUUUGAAUCUGCAUCUCAAAUUUCUUGAUUUUGUACCGAGCUCGAUCGGGAGGUUGAAGCAUUUAAGAUAUCGUGAUCUUUCUGAAAACUCCAAGAUGAAGAAGUUGCCUAAUUCUAUAACUAGGUUGCAAAAUUUGCAAACACUAAGACUCUCCAAUUGUACUGAGCUUGAAGAAUUACCAAGAGACAUUAAAAAAUUAGUCAACCUCAGGCAUCUUGAGAUAGAUGGAUGUCUUUCUUUGACUUAUAUGCCACUUGGAUUGGGGCAACUGACUAAUCUUCAGACAUUAUCAACAUUUGUGGUCCACUGGGAUCCUCUCUCUAAGUAUAACAGUGGUUUAAAAGAACUAAAUCGUCUAAAUAACUUGAGAGGAGAGUUAUCAAUUAUAUAUCUGAGACAUGGGGAAGGUGUAGCGUCAGAAUAUAAGGUUGCAAAUCUAAAGGAGAAACAACAUCUUCAUACUUUGCGUUUACGGUGUGCGAAUGAUGAAGCGCCAUUGGAAGACUUUCAACCGCACCCAAAUCUGAAACAACUUGUAGUAAAUUAUUAUCAGGGUUCAAGGCUUCCGAGUUGGCUUUUGUCACUCACAAAUCUUGUUAAAUUUGAAUUAUUAUUUUGUGAGAAAUGCCAAUAUCUACCACCAUUGAGUCAACUGCCUUCUCUCAAGUAUCUUUCUCUUCAACAUCUUUAUGCCAUGGAGUACAUAUCAGUUAGCGAUGAGUUCUCUUCUUCUUCAUCAGCACGAGUACCGUUUUUCCCAUCCCUCAAGGAAAUGAGUCUCUAUCGGUGCCCUAAUCUCAAGGGGUGGUGGAAGACGAGGGAUUCUUCUGUGGAGGUCAGUUGUAAUAAUAAUAAUUCUGUUGAAAUAACGGCGUUAACAUCAAUGACAGAGCAUCCUGUACUCCCAUCAUUUCCUCAUCUUUCAACAUUACAGAUUUGGAAUUGUUGUAUGUUGACUUCCAUGCCAACUUUUCCACAUCUUGAAGGAGAGUUGGUCUUGUGGAAUGCAAGCUUGAAGCCACUGCAACAAACAAUGAUGAUGAAUAUGGAAGCACAACAAAUCCCAACGUCAACAACAAUAACCUCAUCUUCAUCCAGUCCUCUCUCAAAAUUGAAGUGUAUAAAACUAAAAUCCAUUGCAGAUCUAGAAACUCUGCCAGAGGAGUGGUUGAAGAAUCUCACUUCUCUUGAGUCUUUAACGAUAUUGAACUGCAAUAUAUUAAAGUCUCUCUCUCCAGGUAUACAACAUCUCAUUACUCUUCAAUACCUACAUCUUUGUAAUUGCCAUGAGCUUGAGCUAGCCAAUGAUGAAGAUGAGAUGCAAUUGCAAGGCCACAAGAGCCUUCUCUCUUUGGAGUUUACACAUCUUCCGAAAUUAGUGCGUCUCCCAUUGUGGCUUCAACAUGCAACCACUCUACAAAGGCUUGAGAUUUCAAAUUGUGAAAACUUGACGGCUAUACCAGAGUGGAUCUCAACAUGCACAUCACUUCAAGUGCUUGAAAUUGGUGGAUGCUCUAGUUUGACAUCAUUGCCCGAAGGAAUGGGUUUUUCUCAAUCUCUCAUCUCAACUCUUUUGGGUUUGAUUGUUCUCCUUUAUGAAAACUUGAUGGCUAUACCGGAGUGGUUCUCAACAUGCACAUCACUUCAAGUGCUUGAAAUUGGUGGAUGCUCUAGUUUGACAUCAUUGCCGGAACGAAUGGGUAGGCUAACGUCUUUGCGAAGGCUAAAAGUUGAGAGAAGUGUCCCAUCUUAUUGCAAAGAUGCGAGAGAGAAGCGGGUUUUGUUGAUCUGGGUUUGUCAUGCUUUUGGGGUUUUGGUGUCAAUCUCAGGUUUUGUUGAUCUGGGAGAGUGUCUAGUUUUCGUGGGUCUUCUUUGGUCUGUGAUGGGAUUGGAGGGAAAGAUGCACUCUCAUGAUGUGGAGGGAGUUCAGUUUAGGCUUUAG